CCAUAAACAUAGAUAUCUGGAAGAGAAAGACAGAGAGAGAGACAAUGGAAGCCGACGCAGAAGAACAAAGCAGCGAGUCAGGAGGACCAGACUGGGCCGAGUUGACUCACGAGUGCCUCACCAACAUCUUCUCCCGACUCACCAUCCAGGACCGAUGGCGAGGCACCAUGCUUGUCUGCAAGUCAUGGCUCCGCGCCUUCAAGGACCCUUCUCUUCACACCAUCUUCAACCUCGACCCCCAAUUCGACCCUCCCCCCGAGCUUCCCAUCUGGUGGGCCCCUGAUUUCGAGCGUAAGAUCGAUUCCAUGCUUUCUUCCGUCGUCCGAUGGAGCCAUGGAUCUCUCACCGAGAUCCGCGUUCGUCACUGCUCCGAUCGCUCUCUCGCUUUGGUCGCCGAAAGUUGCCCAAAUCUUGAGGUGUUGUCGAUCAGGAGCUGCCCUCAUGUUACUGAUGACUCUAUCUCUAGAAUAGCUUUGAGGUGUCCAAAGCUUAGGGAGCUUGAUGUCAGCUACUGUUAUGAAAUAUCCCAUGUUUCAUUGGCGUUGGUUGGAAAAAAUUGCCCCAAUCUUAAGGUUCUCAAGAGGAAUCUCAUGAAUUGGCUUGAUCCCUCUCAGCACAUUGGGAUCGUUCCGAAUGAGUAUCUAAAUGCUUGUCCACAAGAUGGAGAAUCAGAAGCUGCCGCCAUUGCGAAUUCUAUGCCUCAUCUAGAGUCUCUGGAGAUUAGGUUCUCUAAAUUAUCAGCUAAAGGCCUUAGUUUGAUAUGUGAAAGGUGUUCAAACCUUGAGUUCUUGGAUUUGUCUGGGUGCGCUAACUUAACCAGUCGAGACAUUGUGAAUGCAACGCCCAAUUUGGCACACCUAAAAGAGAUUAAAAAGCCAAAUUUCUAUAUUCCCAGGUCUGUCUUUCACACUGAAAGGUAUGGGCAUUGGAGAUUGUAUGAUGAGAGGUUCCAAACAGAUGUUUUCCGAAUCUGAGCAUCGAAGAAGAUCAGUACAAAAGGUUAACUUUUUUAGUCAAUCUUAUUUCUGUUGAUCUAUGGUUGGUUCCAGUGGAAUUUCUGCAGUUAUUAUCAUAUGUUUCUUGUAGGAAUUAUGAUCUGUGUCUAUUUAAUUCCUAUUAUUGGUUGUAUUGUAUCCCGCCGUAAUGUGCUUUCUUUAAUGUAUUAUAUAGAAGAACAUUGUCUGAAAUUGAUAUAAUAUAUUACCAAAUAAUGUUGUUCUUGUUUA